AUGAGUUCAAAAACAUUUGGAUUCUUAUAUAGAACAGCAAAAUCAUCAACAACUUCAAAUACAAUAAAAAGUAGUUUUAAAUUUACGACAGCCACAACAACAACAUCAAGCAAGUCAAAUAUAUUUAAUACAACCUCUUCAUCAAAUAAUUCCACAACAUCAUCAUCUUCUCCAAAUUUUACAUUACCAACAACUCAAAACAAUAAUAAAUCAAAUGUAUCAACAACCUCAUCAUCAAAAUCAUUAUCAAUUAGAAGUAAUAAUAUUAAAUCUAAUUUCCUUUCAUUAUUAAAUAUUCCAUUAUAUGGAGAUGAUGAUGGUACAUAA